UGCAGCCCGGCUGUGAGCGGGUUUUCUUUCAUGUAGUCUGUGUUUUACGUUCACUGCAGCACUCUGGUGUUAUUGCCGCUGGAAAAAACACGAUAGAAAUAUCCAGUAUGGCGGAAUCAAAGGAGCUGAAGCUGGAUUUUAUUCUGAAGGAGCUGUCUCUGUCCCCUCAGACGGACGCUCAGGAUGUCCCCGGCAGCUCGUCCAGCGUGGAGCUGCAGGACCACAAACUGGUGUGUGUGGAGUAUCCGGCGGUGGUCACCAGUGUGGACAAGAUGCUGGAGACUCUCGGGGGAGAAAAAACUGUCUCCAAAACCUACGCUCACCCCAACAGACGUCUUGAGAUGCGUUACCGACCUCAGGACCCUUUCUGUCACUCUCUGUGUGGAAACCGCUUCCCAUCGAGCAACCUCGUCCUCAGAGUGCGGAGACGGGUGCGAAAAAAGGACCCGAAGGACUCUGAGAUCCACAUGGAGAUACUCGGAGUCAUUGGGACGACAUACAAAUUCCAAGGGAUGGCAGACUUCCAGUACCUCGCUGUACAUACAGAAGGUGGAAAAGAAACUUCUUUGUACGACAAAAUCAUCCUUCGCAAAUCAGAGAAUCAGGAGUUCUUUGAGAAGCCCAUGCCUUUCUUUCUUCCCCCGGCCAGCUUCUCACGUCUCGACAGUCCUGUGGAUUAUUUUUACCGAGCUGACCACGUCUAUCAAAAGUCACUCCAGGUGCCCAUGGACAACAAGAACUUUAUCGGCUGGAGUCGAGCUCGCCGACCCCACAAUGCCAUUUUUGUCAGCUUCGCUGAUCCCACCGUGCCCGCCGAGUGUCUCGAGGCAGCCAAGACCAACUGGGUACGAGUCUGCAUUAAAGAGAGCGACAAGCAGGCGGAGGAGCAGCUGAAAAAGAUGUUUGAGAGUCGGCCCAUCUGGUCCCGGAACGCGGUCAAGGCCAACAUCAACAUCCACCCUGAUAAACUGAAGCUGCUGCUGCCCAUCUUCGCCUACUACAUGGUGACGGGACCAUGGAGAAGUCUGUGGGUGAGGCUCGGCUAUGACCCUCGAAAGUGCAAUGAAGCCAAGAAAUACCAGUUACUAGAUUUUAGGAUCCGCUGCAGCACCAAACACGGGUAUUCAUUAUCUGACAUGCCAGUGAAGGCCAAGAGGAGCGCACUGAACUACAGUCUGCCCAUCACGUUCAACAAAACAGUUUCCCAGGCAGCGAGUGUGAUGGAACUGUCAGCUCAGGAGGGUCCGAGCAGCAGUCGAGAUCUGGUCCCAGUCUCAUACCAGCUGAAGGAGUCGUCUUACAUCUUCAAAGAAGGCAUGCUGCCUCCUCACAGACAGAUGUUUUACCAGCUCUGCGAUUUAGAUGUAGAAAGUAUCAAACAGGUGCUCGAGGAGAUGGGCAAUAAUGAGGAGGUGUGUGACGAGCGGGACGGCUGGUGUGUUGUCGGCACCACCGACAAGCUGAGGGACAUGAUCUCCGCCAUGAUCAAAAAGGUCAUCAGAGCCCAGAAACCACCGUUGCCAGAAUACCCCAAGAAACGCAGACGGAGAGGCCUCAGUUCAAAACUGCUAGAGAGAGAUUCGGAUGCAGACGAAGAAGAGGUGCAGGACGAUGAGAACAGGGACGAUGACGAUGAUGAAGAUGAAGAUGAGGUCGAUGAGUUUCAGCCGUCUGAGGGAAGUGAAAAUGAGAUGGAGACAGAAAUUCUGGAUUACAUGUAACAAAAGCAUUUGAUGACAUUCAUCUUGAAUCUGUUAAUAUUUUUGUCAUUACUUGUUUCUAUAAAAGUGACAUGUUUGAAAUAUUUUUUGU